ACUCGUUGCUCUUGAGGCCAUCCCAUUCCAUUCCACACACACACACGAAAAACACUUCCAAUUUUCGAUAAAUUAAAAAAUUAAAUAAAGGGAAAUUAAAAAAGCAUGUCCCAGAAUGUUGCCCGCUCCCCCACCCUCCGGCGACGUUUUCACCACCGUGUUUCGGUGCUCCGGCGAUGCAUCCUCCGCGUUCUCCACCGUUUCCUACUCUGCUCCGGUAGGAAGAUCACCAAUGCCACGUACAGCUUGCUGCCUCCGGAUGCAACAUUACCCUCUCCGCCGGCUCCGGUGGCUUCCGACGCCGAGCCUGGCCGUGAAGAGGUGCAGGCUACGUCGCUACCUGGGUUUCACACACACGAAUUGGACUCUGAUUUGGUUUCCUUGAAGAUCAGCUUGUUGGGUGAUUGCCAAAUUGGAAAAACAAGCUUUUUGGUGAAAUAUGUUGGGGAUGAAAAAGAGAAGCAAGGGGAACAGAGGAAAGGGCUAAAUCAGAUGGACAAAACAUUGGUUGUAAGGGGGGCACGUAUAUCGUAUUGUAUCUGGGAAGUACAAGGUGAUAGAAAGUCAGAAGAACAAAUUCCAAUGGCUUGUACGGACUCGGUGGCAAUUUUGAUUAUGUUUGAUCUAACAAGUCGAUGCACAUUAAACAGUGUUUUGGGAUGGUACAAAGAAGCCAGGAAAUGGAAUCAGACGGCAAUUCCAGUGUUGAUAGGAACCAAGUUUGAUGAUUUCAUUCAGCUCCCUAUUGAUUUGCAAUGGACCAUCGCCAGUCAGGCAAGAACAUAUGCAAAGGCCCUGAAUGCCACAUUGUUCUUUUCCAGUGCAACCUACAACAUCAACGUGAACAAGAUCUUCAAGUUCAUCACAGCAAAACUCUUUGACCUACCAUGGACAGUGGAAAGAAAUCUAACUGUUGGGGAGCCCAUCAUUGACUUCUAAAUUGUACAUAGAAUGUUCAAGUUAUGUGGUCAAAGUCAACCGGCCAAUCAGAGAUGUCAUGAGUCAAUCUCAGAGACUCUCGGGGCAAUCGAGUUGUUAGGUUUAGACAUGUCAAUUCCCCUGAAACAACACUCUUCAAUCACCACCAUCAAUAAGGUUUUACAAGAAGAGGAAUAAAAUGCAAGGAAGAAAUUUUUAAAAAUGGAAACAUAGGAGAGAACUAAGGUUUACCAACAUCAAAUAACAAGGGAUGGGAGCUAUUGCAUUGUGGAGUACAAAUUAGUAUCAAUGGUGCUCUUGUCUUGCUAUGAAGAAAUUGUCCUGUGAUACUUUCACAAGCACAAAGAGAAUGAGACUACUGCUUUUUUAUAUUACGGAGUAGAGUUAGCACUGUACCCAAUCUUCUCUUGUUUCCUUUUAUUUCUCAUCCAAUUUUGAACUUCUGGUAACCCAAAGCUUUUAAUGAAUAAAUUAAUCAUUUCAAAUGGUUUAGUUUGAUUUU